CAUAGGAAACGAAACAAACCAGAAACAGUUACUUGCUUUGCAUGCAGUUCAAAUCUCAAAGCAAAAUCCUUCUUUUUUAAACCCAACUAAAUAAAGGAGUGGCUCAGUGUUCACUCUGUUACGUUCUGUUUCUUUUCCUUCUCUUUCUGUUGCAGCAUCCUCUGUUUUUUUUGCUCUGAAAACUCUGUAUAUAACAAAAGUGGUCAAGCUCUGAAUCUUGUUCUGCAUUCCUCAUCUCCUAUCUGAUUCAUGGCUCCCUCAAACAUCGAUAUAGCAAUGAUUACAGAAGUAACCAUGUCCGGUCGGGGUGAAUUGAGAAGGCACUCCACCGGAAAAUUAAGUGCUGGAAUUGGUGAACAAAAAGCUCUUCCUCAUUAUCUAAGAUCUUCCACUGGCUCCUGUCAUGAUCAUUGUAAACUUGGGAAGAAUGAGGAAACUGAAGCAAAGAAGAGACCUUCUAUUCCUAAAAGCGGCGAAAGAAAAAUUCUUCGGCAAAAUUCGGAAGAGGUGAUCGGAGGGGUAACUAUCUUUGUUGACAAGCACAGAGCAUCGCUUGAUUCAAAAGCAAUGCAAAAGAUAUCAGUGUUCAAGAACAACGAAUCAGUUAAAUCUAUGGUCCAAAAUUCUCAUACUUCAGACAGUCAAAAACAAAUUAGGAAUGAAGUUCCAAUGAACAGGAACAGAACAUCAUUGGCCAAGAAAAUGAGGGAAGGAACUUCUUCAAGAGAAAUUUCCAAGAAGGAGGAGACUCCACUGAUUUCAACGGCGAAAAUAAUUGGAACUUCAUCAAAGAAGCCUUCUUCAAAAGAUAUUGAGUUGUCUGACAAGCAUGUGAUUUCUGUGAAUGCAAACGCGGAGGCAACGAGGAAAACGGUUUCUAAGAAUUCCUCAAUGGACUUUGGUGGCAGUAAGAGUAGGGAGAUUAAGAUCGAAAAGAAGAGGGAAGCCAUUUCCGCAGUAGCUUCACCUUCAAGAGUUUCUUUGCCAUCAUUGAAAGCUUCUCUCAAGAGAAUUCCAAGUAUUAAUGCAAGGAAGCACAAAAGCCUGAAAAUUGCCUCUAAUCUCAAGAACCAAACCAAGCCUAGAAGAGAAAAUCCUGAACCACAACACAAUGAGGUUGAGGAAAAGACUUUGUAUAUUCUCGAGGUUGAAAACGAAAGCCAAACUUUGCAAUCCGAUCAUCAAAAUGAAAGCCCAGAUACCAAAUCAUCCCUCUCCAAUUCACCACUCACUCAAUCCUCAUCCGAAGAACGCGGAAUGGAAACUGAAAAAGCAACCACUGAGUUUGGGGAGGAUACUUCUUCAGGAAGCAAUGGAAUUGCAUGCAUGGAAAAUGUGAACAAUAAUAAUACUUUGGAAGCUGAGGAGAAUGACAAGCCUAGAAAAGAUGAAAUUGCAUGCUCGAAAGAGGAGGAGGGCCAAGUGUUAAGAAAAGUUAAUAUCUUUAGCAGGCAAAUGGUUGAAACUCAAACUGAGAAAAGACACAAUCCAAGGAAUCUAAAGUUCAAGAGAGGAAGCAUGUUGUGGAAUAAUGCUAAGGGUGAAGCUGCACAAGGUGUUGUUUUUAGGAAUAAUUUGAAGGGAAAGAAAUAUGGGGAGGCUUUGAUGAACAAUGUGAUUGAGGAAACUGCAAAUAAACUUGUUGAGAUUCAGAGGAGCAAGGUUAAGGCAUUGGUUGGCGCCUUUGAAUCUAUAAUAUCUCAACAGAACAGCAAGAGCCCUUUGAAAAACACCCUAGCACAAUAGGUUACUAAAUUUUUUCCUUUUAUGGUAGACAAGUUUUCUUUUUUUAGUAAUACUAAAUUCUAUAGUAUGAUCUUGAAUUUCUUGUAAUAGGAUCUGUGUGCCCAUAACAAAGAACAUAGUAUUGCAAGUUAAUAUGGAAUAAGGCACUAGAAUUUUGAAAAUAAGCCCAAGCUUGUUGAAGUAGAUUAGAGUCAACAAGCUGUAUAUGUGGCUCUGUAGGAACUAGGGGUAAAUUUGUCUUUUGCAUGUAGAAGCUAAUAAGAAUAAGAAUAAUGAUAUUGAAGUAUGUGUGUAAA